CUUUCUUUAAAGGAGCCGAAUAGAUCUGAAGAAACUACACCGACAGCUUCUGAUGAAGGUCUGCAUCACAUGGCUGUCACUGAUGAGAAGGGAGAUGACUAUAAAUAUCAGAGAGCCAUCGAAGAAAUUAUAAGACUUGAUGAAAUACUGUCAGCCAAGAUGUGCAGAGAAAAGCAACUGAAACAUCAAACCAAGGAACUUAAAGAGAAGCUCUGGCAAGAGUUUCUGCAGCAUAAGGCCAAAGCUUAUUCUGUAUGUGAUCAAGAAGCUUCCAACACAAGAUUGUUUUUGAGUCUGGAAGCUCCUCCUGGUCUUGAAAAGGAGGACGUCUCUGUACCUCUUUUUGAAACUCAGGUUCUUGACUAUGAACAUGAUGACAAGAUCCGACACACUGAAAAAAGUGAAACGAGCCCAGACAGCAUGAUAAAAUCAGCUGAAGGAGGCCAUGAACAGUCAGGUGAAGGGCAGCUUGAUGGAGGCAACAGCAAGAAAAAACAGAAGAACUUUGUAAAGAGGAACAUUGAGCUGAUGAAUGCCGAAGGCGGCCAAGUGCUUAUGACCCAGGCAGAGAAAGACCGUCUGGCUGAGCUCCUCCGGGAAAUAGACAAAGAGGAAGAGGAGAGUGCCAAAGGCGCAGACAGCAAGGAGGACAUGUCGGCUGUGUCAGCAUUGAUGGGUGAAGGCUACACCCCAGAGCCAUCUGAACUGGAGCAGCUGAUUGAUAUUGACAUCAGAAUUCGUCAUCUUAUUCCAGCUGAAGAAUUUCUCACUGUGCAAAGCUCCUUCACAAGCCUCAACAUGUUUCAGGGAAUCAAGGUUGGCUGGAGGUGUGAUGGAGACACACAGCCAGGAGAGAAGGUCCUGCAGGAUAUCAGGGAGAGGAGAGGGCAAGAGAGACGCCUCAAAGAGAUCCAACAGCAGCUGGAGAUCCUGGGCCAGGUCCAAGACGUGACUAAUGAUCCUCUGACUGAGGAGCAGUUGUGCAAACUGCUGGAUGAAUGUGAGCUGACAGAGAGCUGGGUGUGAGAUGCGACCCUAAAAGAUUCUGUCCCCUGAUG